AUGUCUAUCGGCAAGUAUAUUCGAUUCCAACGCUCCAGAGAGGCUUCUAAAGCAGCGGCUGCUGCUGCUGCUGCUGCUGAAGGCACCACUGUUCUGGCUGAUCAGGAAGAGCGAGAUGAACAAGGCCCAAAGAGUAUGAAGGUGAACUUCGAAAGCUUCACUUCAUCCAACCAUUUCAAGGCUCAAGUCUCUACGUACGCUCUCGAUGGAUCUUCUAAACCCCUCAGUAACAUCUCCGGAAGUAUCCAGUCUGAGGUCGAUACAGAGCAGCAAACAGGCCAGAACGAGGGUUUCGGAUAUCUCAAGCGUGCUUGGAAAACAUGGUCCACUAUCGCCAGCUUAGCUAGUGAGCCACGAUCUCCAAGUCCAAGCCUUUUCGAAGAAGAACAAACACUUUCGUUGCAAGUCCCGGUCACCAUAAACCAGGCAGAUUCGACCUUCCCAGAGACUCUACCAGAGCCCCAAAUUGACCUCAAGUCUGAUGCACCGAUCGAAGUUGAUCACAAAAUCGUCGAGUUGGGUCACCCCGAGGCCAACAAGGAGCAGAGCACCCUAGACCGAGAGCCUCUCCCAAAUGUGGCCGUCAGUACUACCCCAGAUGCCCCCAAGUCGACUUUCAACAAUUCGAAGCUCGCUACCGUUACUCUCUCAGCUGCUGAAUCUGUGAAGCGGCUGGAAAUUUCUAUUGAGGCUCAGGAUGCUCUCCUCGAUAACGGACCAGACGGCUCUCGAGUUAUCCUCUCUAUUACACGCCAAAGUGGAGCAUCAGUCUCAACUCUUCGAGGUGGGGUAUCUGCAACACUGUGCAUUGAAGGAACACUGGCCCAGAUCGAUGUUGCCUACAAGCUCUUGUUGGUCCACAGUCAGAAGUAUCCUGCUUUUUAUUGA